AUCUGGGAAGAGGCAGGAACCUGGGAAGAAGGAACCAGGCUCUGAGGAGUGGCCAGUCCCGUGGAGUGCCGGGUGGAGAUUAUAAGAGUACUUGGCCAUUAAGGCCAGAUUGAUCUUCAAGAUAGUCAUUAAGGCCAGAUCCUAGAGCUCCAACUUCUCCGACCUGAGGAUCACUGAUGUCACGAUUUUUCCCAGUCUGAGCUCGUUUUUUUCCGAGUUCCCAAUUGUUUUGAACGCACCAAGUUUCACUGUGCCUAAAUUGACUGGGGCUCUGCGCGGACGAAGGCGUGUCCAGCUAACUGUUUAUGCAAAAUUGUGCUUUGGUAUAGUAGGCCUGCAGUAAAUUGCGGUGGGGGAUUAGCCAGAGGUGGUUCUGGUAUGGUUUGAGGUUUUUAAUAUAUAUUUUAAUUAGUUAAAUCAUGUCUAGGAUUUUUUACGCAAUUAAUACUCACCUCCGGAGAGAUUUAGCCGCAUAUCGUGUUAUUGCGCGUCUUCCACUGCGUACCAUAAGCUACACUUCGCAGAAAAAUGUGGAAAAUGGGGACACCUCUAUGGUCCUGGGGAAGAGGUGGAAGGACACAGCUGAGACAGUGAUCAUCGGAGGGGGCUGUGUUGGAGUUAGUCUGGCCUAUCACCUGGCCAAGGCUGGACAGAAGGACGUCGUCCUGCUGGAGAAGUCUGAACUGACCGCUGGAUCCACCUGGCACGCUGCUGGUCUGACCACGUACUACCACCCUGGUAUCAACCUGAAGAAGGUCCAUUACCACAGCAUCAAGCUGUAUGAGAGUCUGGAGGCCGAGACAGGACAGGCGGUGGGUUUCCACCAGCCAGGCAGUAUCCGUAUCGCCUCCACCCCAGUCAGAGUGGAUGAGCUGAAGUACCAGAUGGCCAGAACCCACUGGCACCCCACACCCCAGUGGCUCAUCACCCCUGAGAAGAUCAAGGAGCUCUUCCCCCUGCUCAACAUGGACAAGGUGCUAGCCGGUCUAUAUAACCCAGGAGACGGCCAUAUUGACCCCUACUCCCUGACCAUGGCCCUGGCUGCUGGGGCCCGUAUGUAUGGAGCCCAGAUCUACAACCCAGCCCUGGUCUCUGGCCUCACACCCACCAGUGAUGGGAAGUGGGACGUCCAGACCCCACACGGGACCAUCAGAGCUAACCGCAUAGUCAACGCCACAGGUUUCUGGGCCCGGGAAGUUGGCCAGCUGAUUGGCUUUGAGCACCCCACUAUCCCUGUCCAUCACCAGUAUGUUGUCACAGCAACAGUGCCUGAGGUGAAGGCCCUAAAGACAGAGCUGCCAGUGAUCAGGGACCUGGAGGGUUCCUACUACCUCAGACAGGAAAGAGAUGGACUGCUGUUUGGACCCUACGAGAGAGAGGAGAAGAUGGUGUUGCAGGACUCCUGGGUUAAAGAUGGAGUACCACCAGGUUUUGGUAAGGAGUUGUUUGAGUCAGACCUGGACCGUAUCAUGGAUCACGUAGAAAUGGCCAUGGAGAUGGUGCCUGUGCUGAAGAUUGCAGACAUCAUCAACAUUGUGUCUGGACCAAUCACCUACACCCCUGACCUCCUUCCUAUGGUUGGACCGCACCAGGGAGCACGCAACUACUGGACCGCCAUCGGCUUCGGGUAUGGAGUGAUCCACGCCGGUGGCAUUGGGAAGUUCCUCAGUGAUUGGAUCGUGACAGGGGAACCCCCCUAUGACCUCAUUGAGUGUGACCCCAACCGGUAUGGAAAAUGGACCACUGUACCCUACAUGUGUGCCAAGGCCAGAGAGUCCUAUGGAUUCAACAAUGUGGUGGGCUACCCUAAAGAGGAGCGUUUUGCGGGCCGUCCGACACACAGGACCAGUGGUGUGUAUGAGCUGCUAAAGGGGAAGGCUUCCAUGGGAUUCCACGCUGGCUGGGAACAGCCUCACUGGUUCUAUAAGCCUGGAGACGAUGCCGGUUACAAGCCCAGUUUCAGGCGUACCAACUGGUUCGGUCCAGUGGGGAGGGAGUGUAAGCUGGUGAUGGAGAAGGUUGGGGUCGUUGACCUGACACCCUUUGGCAAGUUCAUGGUUAAAGGGAAGGAUUCUCAGAAACUGCUGGACAGACUGUUCGCCAACACUAUGCCCAAGGUGGGCCUGACUAACAUCAGCCACAUGUUGACCCCCACUGGGAGAGUCUACGCUGAGGUCACCAUUACCCAGCUCACACCUGGAGAGUUCCUCCUCAUCACAGGAUCUGGAUCAGAGCUACACGACCUCAGGUGGAUUGAGAAAGAGGCAGCAGAGGGGGCAUAUGAUGUAGACAUUUCUAACGUGACAGAGGACAUUGGGGUGUUGGGUGUGGCUGGACCAAAGGCUAGAGACGUUCUACAGAAACUCACUCAGGAGGACAUGAGCGACGCAAGCUUCAAGUUCCUCCACUGCAAACCCAUUCAACUGGCUGGCAUCAACCUCAGAGCUAUCAGGAUCUCCUACACAGGUGAGUUGGGCUGGGAGCUGUACAUUCCUCAGAAGGACAUUGCAGCGGUGUACCAGGCUAUCAUGGCAGCGGGAGAGGACGAGGGCAUCGACAACUUUGGUACCUACGCCAUGUCAUCACUACGACUGGAGAAAGGCUUCAGAGGCUGGGGUGCAGAGAUGAACUGUGACACCAACCCUCUGGAAGCUGGUCUGGACUACUUCAUCAAACUCAACAAGCCUGCAGACUUCAUCGGUAAGGCAGCGCUGCAGGAGAUCAAAGCUAAAGGUCUGAAGAGGAAGCUUUCAUACAUCACCAUGGAUACGGACGAUGUUGACCCAGAGGGCAACGAGACCAUCUGGCUCAAUGGCAAAGUGGUUGGUAACACUACAUCUGGGGCCUACAGCUACACCACCCAGCAGAGCCUGGCAUUUGCUUACCUGCCAGUGGAGCUGUGUUCUGUGGGGCAGAAGGUGGAGGUGGAGAUGUUGGGGAGGAAGUACCCUGCCAUGGUGGUCCAGGAGCCUCUGGUCCUCACAGAACCCACCAGGACCCGGCUGCAGAAGAAGGCCAAGAGCAAGGCAUAGACACUGGGGAAGGGUGGAGAACCAGCUUAGAACCAGAGUACCAGACCUGGGUUGAAAAUAGGAUGUUUUCUUUCAAAAAUUUACAGUAUGCUCCUGGUGCUAAUUUCAACCCAAACGGAAGAGCUGACACCAACCAAGCAACCACACUGUGAAGUGGACUAUGCUGGCUGACAAAGUGACUGUUAUGAAAAAGACUGAAAUGUGAUGAACGAUACUCAAAUGACACCCUAUUUCCUAUUUUGUGCACUAUAUAGGGUAUAAUUUGAGACCGAGAAGUAAAAAAAAAUGACUUCCUCUUUUCUGUUUGGUCAUCAUUUAGAUUUUUGCCCUAGCACUACACAGCUGAUUCAAAUAAUAAACGAAUCAUCAAGCUUUGAUAAUUUGAAUCAACUGUGUAGUGUUAGGGCAAAAACCUAAAUGUGCAUCCCUUGGGGUCCCGAGGACAGAGUUUGGAAAACGUUGAGCUAGAGCAACCUAGAAUGUGCCUAUAAGAGCUUAACUCUAGGUUCCAAUGUGGACCUAUGGACACAUUGGACCGUUGUCCUAUACUUGUAUUCAUCUCAGUAUUCAUAGUAUUACAUCUCAGUAUUCAUAGGUCCAAUGCAGCCAUUUUUAUCUCAAUAUCAAAUCAUUUCUGGGUAACAAUUAAGUACCUAACUGUGAUUGUUUU